AUGUGUCUUCAGGUGGAGGACCCGGCUAUGCGCUGGCAGAUGUCUCUUUAUAAGGAGCGCUCUGGGAAGGAGGAGGACGCCGAGGACCCCGAGAAGGUGGUCAAAAGGGUCCAGGAGGUGUCGGCCGUCCUGUACCACAUCGAGGUGACCGAGCACCCCUUCAAGUCCAAGAAGAUGGUUUGGCACAAGCUGCUGUCCAAGCAGCGGCGCCGGGCGGUGGUGGCCUGUUUCAGAAUGACGCCUCUCUACAACAUCCCCGCGCACAGAGCGACCAACAUGUUCCUGGACGCCUACAAGCGCAACUGGCUGGAGACGGAGGGCUACUCCUUUGAGGACAAGAUGAUCGACGACCUUUCGAAAGCCUUGGAGGAAGAGGAGGAGGAGGAAGAGGAGACGGAGACCAAGCCGGACCCCCUUCAUCAGCUGAUCCUCCACUUCAGCCGCACGGCGCUCACAGAAAAGACCAAACUGGACGUGGACCAUCUUUACAUGUCGUACGCUGAUAUUAUGGCUAAGAGUUGCCACAUUGGUGAGGAAGACGAAGGGGGAGAGCAGGAGGGGGAGGAGCCAUCCUUUGAGGUGCGACAGACAGAGAUGGUAUGGGGGGACCAGGGGAGGGGACACAGGGGAGUCAGCGGAGAAGCAGCUCCCCCCCGGAGCGGCCACACCGUGACAUCACACCCGGCACACCCCCCCCCCACCCAACACACGCCUUCCACAGCAUAUCCUCUCUGGUCCACUCACGCCGCGUGUCUCCUUCCUGACCUGUGCAUGCCUUUGCUGGACUCCAUUCGUCCUCCCUGCGGGCUUUCAGCCGGCUCCGUUGGCUCUGCUCCGCAGGAGAAGGAGAUGGAGAAGCAGAGGCUGCUGUACCAGCAGUCCCGCCUGCACAACCGCGGGGCGGCCGAGAUGGUGCUGCAGAUGAUCAGCGCCUGCAAAGAUAAAGAGGAGUGA